AUGACUUCUUUUUUAUAAUCAACAUUUACAAUAUCUGCAAAACCAAAUUUUGAAUUUUUAUAGAAUUAGGUUGAUUCUGAUUCAGAUAAUGAAGAAUAAAAAUAGAAAUUAUAAUAAGUUCAUAAUCAUUAAAAAGAACACAAGAAAUUUAAGAAAUUAAUUGAUAUAGACUUGGUUAAGGAAGAAUUGAGAAGUAGACCAAAUAUUGAAAAGCAAUUGAGUUCAAUUUAAAAGAAAAGUAUUUCUAAAAUAAAAAGUGUUCGUUCUCUUAAUGAUCUUAUAAUUCCAACUUCUCCAAUUUUAAUUGAUUAAUUAGGAAAUUUAAAUAAAAUAAAAGAGAUAAGAUCAGAAGUACCUCCAGAAUUAAUGGGAAGAAUUUACUCUGAAUUUAGGUAAUUUAACAUAAAAUUAUUUAAGAUAUGAAUUUGUACCAGCCUUAAAUCCAGUAUAUCGUUAAGGAGAUUAAAAUAAAAGAUUUUAUAUUCUAUUAGAAGGUAAAGUAGUAGUAAUGAAACCUAAAUUAAAGAUGGUAGGGUCCAGUAAAAUUGAAAUUGAUAAUAAUUUAGAAUAAAAAAAUUAAAGGAAAAAUGAAGAUGAUCCUUUUGGAUUGAAAAUUCUCUUUCCAGAUUACAUUAUACUUAAAAUCUUAUUUUAAGGAGAGUAAGUUUAUGUUAAUGAUAUAUUAGCUCUUUUGGAGAGGCAGCCAUUAAAUUAGAUACUACAAGAUCAUCUACAGUUUUUACUUUAGAAGAUACUCAUUUAUUAUAUUUAAAUGAAACUGCUUAUCUUGAAUAUUUAAAUCCGUAUUUAAGUAUUGCUUUAGAUAAAAAAAUGAAAUACUUUGGAUAAACCCCACUUUUAAAAAAUAUUAAUCCAGAAGAUUAUAUGGGUAUAGUUUNUUUAUUUAUAUUAAUAUUAUACUGUUUAUUAUAAUUUUUAAUAAAUAAUGGGCAAAAUAUGAGACAAUAAUUAGAAAAUUCAAUUUAAAUUAUCAAAUAAUAUCUCUUAAGAAUAAUUACAUUUUGAUUUAAAAUAUGUAUUUUCUUAUGUUAUUUAACAGAUGAAUAGCACAUUUUUAAAUCUAUAAAUAAUAUUAUACUAAAAAUAAUUAUAAUAGGUCUAGCAUAUGACUUCUUUUUUAUAAUCAACAUUUACAAUAUCUGCAAAACCAAAUUUUGAAUUUUUAUAGAAUUAGGUUGAUUCUGAUUCAGAUAAUGAAGAAUAAAAAUAGAAAUUAUAAUAAGUUCAUAAUCAUUAAAAAGAACACAAGAAAUUUAAGAAAUUAAUUGAUAUAGACUUGGUUAAGGAAGAAUUGAGAAGUAGACCAAAUAUUGAAAAGCAAUUGAGUUCAAUUUAAAAGAAAAGUAUUUCUAAAAUAAAAAGUGUUCGUUCUCUUAAUGAUCUUAUAAUUCCAACUUCUCCAAUUUUAAUUGAUUAAUUAGGAAAUUUAAAUAAAAUAAAAGAGAUAAGAUCAGAAGUACCUCCAGAAUUAAUGGGAAGAAUUUACUCUGAAUUUAGGUAAUUUAACAUAAAAUUAUUUAAGAUAUGAAUUUGUACCAGCCUUAAAUCCAGUAUAUCGUUAAGGAGAUUAAAAUAAAAGAUUUUAUAUUCUAUUAGAAGGUAAAGUAGUAGUAAUGAAACCUAAAUUAAAGAUGGUAGGGUCCAGUAAAAUUGAAAUUGAUAAUAAUUUAGAAUAAAAAAAUUAAAGGAAAAAUGAAGAUGAUCCUUUUGGAUUGAAAAUUCUCUUUCCAGAUUACAUUAUACUUAAAAUCUUAUUUUAAGGAGAGUAAGUUUAUGUUAAUGAUAUAUUAGCUCUUUUGGAGAGGCAGCCAUUAAAUUAGAUACUACAAGAUCAUCUACAGUUUUUACUUUAGAAGAUACUCAUUUAUUAUAUUUAAAUGAAACUGCUUAUCUUGAAUAUUUAAAUCCGUAUUUAAGUAUUGCUUUAGAUAAAAAAAUGAAAUACUUUGGAUAAACCCCACUUUUAAAAAAUAUUAAUCCAGAAGAUUAUAUGGGUAUAGUUUUGGAAAACAAAUUAAUUACAAUGAAGGCAGGAGAAAUAAUAUAUGAUGAAGGAGAGAAAACUAAAUAUAUUUAUUUUAUAAUCAAUGGGGAAAUUGAAUUGUUAAAAUAAGUUAAAAAGAAAUCUAUAAUUUUAUCAUCUUAUGGAGAAUUUCAAUGUUUUGGAGAAGUUGAGAUUAUGAUGAAGAUAAAUAGAUAUACAUAAGCUAAAGUGAUAUCACCAAGACUUAAUUGUUAUAGAAUCAGAAAAAGAAGGUUUUUUGAUAAUUUAGGUAGUUAUGGAACUUAUGAAAAUAUGAAAAAACACUCAUCUAUUAUAUAUAAGCAUUGGUAAUUGAUUUGUAAUAAUGUGUAAAAAUCCAUUAAUCUAAGAGAUGAGGUAUAAAAACUUAAUAUACAAUAGGUCUAUGAAGCUGCUUAAAAUGAUAAUUAAAAUAAACCUAAUUUAUUAGCAAAUUCUAUUUUAAAUAAGAAGGUUAUGGAAUCAUAAGGUUAAAAAUUAAGUUAAAUUAAAAUAUUUUAGAAUUUGGCUGAUUAAAAUUUUAAGGAUUUAAAAUAAUUUACUAAUGAUAGUUAAUAUCUUUUGUAAAGAGUGUAUAGUAACACUCUUCAAUAAUACUAAGCUAAGUUAUUGAAAAAACCUUAAUUGGCUUUUUGUGAUACAGAUUCAUCAUGCAUAAGAAAUCAAAUUCAAAACAAAUAGCCUAUAAAUUUAAGUAUUAACCAUGAUAAUAAUUCUACAACAAAUCCAUUAAAUGAAAAUAGUAUUGAUCUUAAAUUAAAUUCAAAUAGAUCAUCUGUCAUAACAAAAAGAGACAGCUAAUAAAUGGUAUCACUUCCAUCUCUACAUCCAUCUUUACAUUUAAUUAAACCUUAACCUUAAUCUAUAAACUCCGUUUUAGAAUCCAUAAGCAAAUUACCUCGUGUUCCAAAAGAUAAUUUCAUGUUAUCUUUAAUGUAUUAAUAAGCAUAUAAAGCUGACAAUCCAACUAAGAAAGCUAAAGAAAUAUAGCAAAUAAUUUAAGCAUAAUACAGAAAUGUAUAAAAUAAAUUUUAAACUAAAAAACACAAUUUAACAGAAAUUUAGCCAGUCUCAAAUAAACAUAGAAUGAAAAAGAACUUAAAAGGAUUUUUGAGUAUGAGAUCAGAAUAGAAAUAAUUUUUGAAUUUUGUACAUUCAAAAGAAAUAGUAGAAGGAAAUCAAAUUAAUUGA